AUGAAGCUCUCGGCCCUAUCUCUGCUCACCGUGGCCUGUGUGGCAACAGCGUCAAGUCAUGGCGCCGAGACAAUGGAGUAUCUCAUGUCCCUGAAGCAGCAAUCUCGAGAACGUGCCCGUUCACAGGGUCUGUUUGAUAUCAACCGCUACCCCGACGAGGGAGCCAAGAAGUGCAAGAACGGCAAGGCAGGAGAGUACUCCUGCGAGAACGUCGACCUCUUGUCCUUCCUCAGUCACCAGGCUUUGGGUAGUGUCACCCGUGAGGGUAACGACGUCUGGGGCUGGACUUCUGCUGAAGGUCGCGAGUUUGGCAUUGUCGGCCAGACUGACGGCGUGGCCUUUGUUGAGAUUCUGGAGGACGGUAGCCUCGAAUAUGUUGGCCGCCUGGGUUCUCAAACGGAACCAUCCACGUGGCGCGAUAUCAAGGUUAUCGGUGACCAUGCCUACAUUGGCUCCGAGGCUGCAGGGCAUGGGCUGCAGAUUUUCGACCUCAACAAGUUGACAACUGCGUCUAGCUCAAAGCCGACCGUUUUCUCCACAAAGAAGGACUUGACCGCGUGGUAUAGGGGCUUCGGAAGCUCUCAUAAUAUCGUUGCGCACGAGGAGACCAAUAUGAUCUAUGCUGUUGGAACAGCCCGCAACCUCAGCUGCGCCGGAGGCCUGUGGAUGGUCGAUGUGUCUGACCCAGCCAACCCUACCUCGCCGGGUUGUGUCAACGAAGAUGGUUAUGUGCAUGAUGCCCAAUGCGUCAUUUACAAGGGCCCCGAUGAGAAAUAUAUCGGUCAGGAGAUCUGCUUCAACUUUAACGAGGACACACUCACCAUUGCCGACGUAACCGACAAGAAGAACCCAAUUCAGAUCUCGAAGACCCCCUACGUCGGCGCCAGCUACACUCACCAGGGCUGGCUCGUUGACGAAAACGACCAUUCCUACCUCCUCCUCGACGACGAGCUCGACGAAAUGGACGGAACGGGCUCCGCCGCUAACGGCCACACCACCACCUACAUCUUCGACAUCAAGGAUCUCUCUGCACCCAAGCACACUGGUACCUACCAGUCCCCCGUCCGCUCAAUCGACCACAACCAGUAUGUUGUCGCGGGUCUCUCUUACCAGUCCAACUACGGCAGCGGUCUGCGUGUCGUCGAUGUCAGCUCUGUCUUUGAGGACCCCACGGCAUCUAGCUUCAAGGAAGUCGGCUCUUUCGACGUCCACCCCGAGGAUGAUGCGGUUGGCGGUGAGGUGGAGUUUGUCGGAAGCUGGAGUGUUUACCCGUUCUUUGCGAGCGGGCAUAUCUUGCUCAACAGUAUUGAGCGCGGCAUUUACUCUCUCAAGUAUACCGGCCCAGCCGCGGAGAACUAG